GAGAGCGAGGGAGAGAGUGAAAAGGAGGGAGGGAGAAAUAUAAGAGACAGAAAUAGAGGGGAAGGUAACACAGCAGAUUACUUCCCUGCCAGGCUCACCAUGUUUCUGUUGCAGACUGUGACUGUUAUUUCUCUGACUGUCAUUCUCCUGGGCUCGGUGGAAGGUAACGGGGUACAGAUGCAGAGAGAUGUUCAGUGCUGUAUGCAGUACUCCCAAGGGAAAGUGCGCACCAAAGACGUGCUGAGGUUUGAGGUACAGACGGAGGGGCCAGACUGCAGUAUAAAAGCCAUCAUACUGUAUACCAAGAAGGCGGUGAAGUGUGCUGACCCCAGAGACCGAAAGGUCAAGAGGUUACUGAGGAAGCUCCUCCAGAGGCAGAGGACCAAAGCACAUAGGAUCAUGUGGCUCUACCCUCAUGGCAACCUGCCAGUCAUGUCGGAGGACAAGAAGGAUGGGUGGGAUGCCUUCCAUGUGGAAUGAGUGUGAGGUUGUUGUUACCACAAGAGAAUUAUUGUCAUAGGCCAAGUAAACUUCCAGCGGCUUGUCAUCCUAACUCAGCCAAGCUUUCUGACUCUCCAGUCGUCUCGUGUCAAUAUCUCCCUGGGAGUGUGGUGGCUGAGCUGUCAUUGCCAUACAGUCCAUGAGAGGUUUUGAUAUAUAGCUAAAUGUAUUUUACACUGACUGUCGCUAACUAUGCCAAAGUAUUAUGCUAAGUAUUUCUGAUUACUCUAGCCCAAGAAACCAGUCUUCACCGUCUAUGUAUACCUGUUCAAUGUAUACCUGUUCAAUUUCAUAGAGGGCUUGUUCUCGACCUGAAACACAAUGUAAUGUAGAAAAAUGCACUGUCUGUUUAAACACGACAUCUGAAGUGGAUCUUUUCUAAAUAAAUGGACCUG